CGUGUGUGAUACCAUUUGCGAUGCAAAGUCUUGCCGCUUACUGGUGGCAGACAUUAGUUCCAAAAAUAUGUUAUUUUUUGUAAGACUCAACUAAAGACCCGGAACAAAAAAUGAACUGGGCCUCAUUUUAUGCUGUCAUCAGCGGCGUCAACAGACACGCCACAGGAAUCGGCCGCAUUUGGCUCUCAGUGCUUUUCAUUUUCCGCAUCCUGGUGCUGGUGGUGGCAGCAGAAAGUGUGUGGGGGGACGAAAAGUCGGGCUUCACCUGCAACACCCAGCAGCCGGGCUGCAACAGCGUCUGCUACGACCACUUCUUCCCCAUCUCCCACAUCCGCCUGUGGGCCCUGCAGCUCAUCCUGGUCUCCACGCCUGCCCUUCUGGUCGCCAUGCACGUGGCCCAUCGGCGCCAUGUGGACAAGAGGCUCUACACGCUGUCAGGGAAGAGCAACCCCAAAGACCUGGAGCAGAUUAAGACCCAGAAGAUGAGAAUCACGGGCGCCCUCUGGUGGACGUACGUCAUCAGCCUGCUGUUCAGGGUCACAUUUGAGGUGACCUUCAUGUACAUCUUCUACAUGAUCUACCCCGGCUACAAGAUGAUCCGCCUGGUCAAAUGUGACUCGUACCCCUGUCCCAACACAGUGGACUGCUUUGUUUCCAGGCCGACGGAGAAAACCGUCUUCACCGUGUUCAUGCUGGCUGUGUCGGGCGUUUGUAUCCUGCUCAACAUCGCAGAAGUCGUCUUCCUGCUAGUAAAGGCUUGCAGCAAACAGUGGAACAAAGCUGGAGACUCAAAUAUGGGGGCUUGGCUGCAACAUAAACUCAUACUAGGGAAAUAAGGCCAACUGAAACUGUCACAUGCAGACCACACUCACCUACUACAAGUUUUGAUUUACAGUACACUAUUAUAUGAACGUGCAAGACCAUAUGUACUGUACAUGUACGUAUACUACACACAUGUACGCAUACUAACACACUCACUGGUUGCAAUAUUAGGCACACUUACACAUUCUAAUGACUCGUUUCUAUGCAAGCCUGUUUACACUACUAAAAAAAAACAAUACCCGUAUCGUAACUCAUGAUUAGAAGGUAAAAAGUCGAAAUUGUGAGAUAAGAAAAUUGAAAUUAUGAAAUAAAAAGUUGAAAAUAUGAGACAAAAAAGUCCAAAUUAUAGGAUAAAUAGUCAUUACUAUGAAAUAGAAAGUCAUAAAUAUCAGAUAGAAAGAUGAAAUUUGGAGAGAAAAUGUUGAAAUUCUGAGAUAAGUCGAAAUGAUGAUAUAAAAAGUCGAAAUGAGAUAAAAAGUCAACAUAAGGAGAUAAAGUCGCAAUUAUGUGAUUGAAAAGUCAAAAGGAUGAGAUGAAAAGUCAUAAAUGCUCAGUGGACGCAUUUAAGUCCCAUCUUAAAACUAGCUUUUAAAUAGACUCUGUUUUAGACCAGUUGACCUGCCGCUUCUCUUUUUUGCCCCCCUCCACUGCAUGGAGAGGUUACCAGGUGGCCACUGAUAAUACCUGAAGACGUAACAGUCUGGAGGGGGCGAAGGCUGGUUCAAGUCGUGACCCGGGGUGGACCACUCGUCUAUGACAUGAAA